UAACAUAUAAUCCCUCGCCAUCAUAUAAAUUAUUCUUCCAGCAACCUUCAUAAUAAUCUCCAUUGCAAUACCACAUACGGCCAUAGCCGUGUCGUUUAUUCUGACAGAAGUCACCUUCAUAAUAGCUUUCAUCUUCGUACCAACUAUAUCCAAAGCCAUUUCGUUUUCCAUUCACCCAUUGACCAGUGUAAAGUUUGCGAAUAGUGCCGUCUUCCGGUGGUCCGUAAAUCUUACUCAUAGUACCAAUACCGUGUUUCUUAUCGUUGGACCAAUUGCCUUCGUAUAUAAAGCCAUUUCUGUGGUAUGUUUAAUGGAUUUGAAACAUUACUUUAGAGUUCUGGUCAUUAAAAAAAGAAUUUUUAUUUUACCAGCAAUCGUGUUAAUGAUAAUGGUAGCAAAUGUUAUACCUGUCCAGUUGAUUACCCCAGCCUUCUUUUUUAUCAUUUAUCCAUUCUCCUUUGUAAUAACCUUUGACAAGUAAUUUAGUUCUAAGAUCAAAAAUUGCGUGCCGCCAACCAUUUCUUUUAGAAAUGUCUACUUUACGUUUGGUGUACGAUAUUUUAAUUGGUUUUAAAAAUGGCAUCGUAGACUAUCAUUCGUUUCUGGAUUUAUAAAUUUUUUGUUACUUUACAAUUUUAUAUCAUCCUUUACGACAUUACGUCAAACCAUUUUACAACGUAUUUUUCUUUGUAGAUUCUUUAUCGUUCCCUCCUUAAACUAUACAUUCAAUGUUAUUGUGAUGGCAGUAUAAAUAUCUGUUUUUAAACAAAACUGCUUUCGAAACUAAAUUACUUUCAGCCUUUAAAUUUUUUAAUUAUUCGUAAUCAACGCGAAUGUCAAACAUCGAUGUGAAUUCAAACUUCAGCGACUUCCAUAUACAGACGAUAACUCGCAUACCACUUAACAAUAUUUUUGACAGAAAAAUAUUCCACAAGUAUACAAAGGAGUAUCUAUCGAGUUUUCGAUAAUAGAUAAAAAUUGUUUAUUCCUCAAAUUCUUUUGCAUAUUUAGAUCAUUUUUAAGUCUGAUAUAAUUUCACCACAAACGAGGUAUUAUACCCUCAUCUGGGGUCGUCAGUGAUCAUAUAUCAUUCUCUCCACUGCAAAUUGCAAUGCAAUUGUAGUGAACGCAACAGUAAAUAAUUUUGUCAAUUAUGUUGAUGGCGCCACCUAUUUCAUUUAGUAUUAGCAUGCUAGCGACAUCUCGUUUUUCAAACAUUUAUCAUCUGUAGAUAAUUUUGACGAGCUGUUUGAGCGUUUUCCUACUAUCUGUAGUGGCAGUAUUUUAGAAAAAAGAUGAUGUAUGCCGGAAUUUACAUGGUACCAUAUGGCCAAAACGGCAAGGAUCAUCUGUAUUCUAUAUUUGUAAUAAUAAAUAAAUUUUUGUUGGACGAUGUAGAUGCAGAAGAGUAUUAUAUGCUCAGAAUAUUGUUUAACAGUUAAAUUGUCUGAUUUCAUGCCAUUUUCCACACACUGUGCUCAAUUGAGCACAAGUUUGAAGCGCCCCUACAUCAAGCUGUUGUUGCGUUCUUGAAACUCGGAUCUUGGAUGAGACUGGAUGAGGCUAAAGCAUCGAAUCAAUCGUAUUUUUUUGGUGUGAAUAAUGAUGAUAGUAUUUCCAUGAAUUCUACAAUCACUAUCGAAGAUACCGACGAAGAGGUGAUUGAUUUGGAUUCAAGCCAAGAUAUCACCCACAAUGCUGACAAUGACCAGAGUGAAUGUUCCAUUGACAAAAAUUUGUUAUCGAACGAUGUUGCAAAUAAAACAGAUACCGCGAGCGAGAAUGCGGAGGACAAUAAAGAUGUUUCUACGUCUCAAAUCUGCGAUAACACAAGCACAUCAAAACCACUCCUUCAGGUUAUGUUUCGGGACAAGAGUAUUUCACGUCAAUACAGUAAACGUAUGAAACAAUGUAUAGAGGAAUUGACCCCUUCUACGAUAAAAUGUCAAGAAAGUGAUGACAGUUUAACAUUAAACGUUUGGGAUAAUGAUAUAUGUUCUACUAGCCAAUCUGCUGAUUUUACAACAGAAAGUGAAGAUAGUCAGGAUUUGAUGUGUGACACAUUGUUUAUGGUAGAUACACAACCGAAGCUUCAAGACGAUUAUGAUGUUCCAACAUAUGGAAAAAAAUAUGAAAAUGUGUUUGAGGAUAUUAAGUCGAAAGCAGAACCAAAUGCAAAAGUUACUUAUUCACCAAAAUUAAUGUGUUUCAAUUGUCUGGAUAAUCAUAAUCUACGAGAUUGUCCGAAACCACGCAAUCAAGUUGCAAUUAAUAAAAAUAAAAGAAAUUUCAAUAUAAAAGGUGGAAACAUGAGAUCUCUUAGGUAUCAUUUAGAAGAUGACCAAAAAUUUGGUCAUUGUAUUCCUGGUCACUUAAGUAGUACUUUACGUAAAGCUCUAGGCCUCAGAGAAAAUGAAUUACCCAUGCAUAUAUACAGAAUGAGAGAACUUGGAUAUCCCCCAGGGUGGUUGGAGGAGGCAUGCUUACAACACUCUGGUAUAUCAUUAUUUAAUUCAGACGGUAUCGCAGAAGACGAUUCUCAUGCAGAGCCAGGAGAACUUUUUGAAUCUGGAGAUAGAGAUCAAUACGAUAUAAAAAAGAUAUAUGAUUUCCCUGGUUUUAAUGUACCACCUCCAUCUGGUACACGAGAUGAAAAUGGACAAUAUUGGGAAUCACCGAUGCAGGCUGCUCAUAGUAAACAAACAAUGUUGAUGAUGCUCAAAGGAAAAAAGGCGGAUGAUGGCUAUAAAAGGAAAAAGCUCAAAAUGUCUAAUGAUGGUAUAAAAAGCAAUCUGGCACCAGAGUCCACAGAGAUGGAGAUAGAAGAUGUAGAAGAAGGUGUAGUAGAGUGUCUACCUGUUAAUGGACUUUUUGUACCUCCAUUACCACCAGAAUCAGCCACAAAGCCACCAGAACCACCACUGCCACCGACGCAGAUCCCAUGUGAGGAUUCAGAUUAUCAUUCGCAGGAAUUACAAUCACCGGAAAAUAGUGCAUCACCGUCGUCUCGAGGAUAUUCACCGUCAUUAUAUGACUUGGAAAAUAUGAAAAAACGAUUACUCGUAGAGCUUCACGAAUCCAGUUCACAGUCCAAUUCUGAUGAUUUAUCGAAAAAUAAUGCUGCAGAUUCUACAUCGAAAUCAAAGAUGCCACCGCCCACUAAUGAAACGAUGUCAGAAUCAAGUAAACAUCGUAGAAGCUCGUUGAAUUCAAGUCAUGGGAGCGUAAAGUCGGUUGACCUAGGUACGCCUAUCUUGCAGAGCUCUUCUCCGUAUAGCAGGUUACCGUCAUCUGAAAAAUUUUCCAAAAAUAUUUGUGACGUGAUCAACUUCGAAAAUCUGCCGGAUUCCACAGGUAAGUACGAACAGAUGACUGGGGUUUUACAAAAAGUAAGAGUUACAUUGGCAAAACUUCAACAAGAAUGACUUCUUUAAAUGUUUAGAUAAAAUUUGUAAGGUAAGAUAAGUUAUUCGUUUAUUAUAUGAGUAUACUUUCUUGGCGUAAUAAUUAAAAUUUCUUUUAAUUGUAAAAAGUCUAAUUAUAAUUUAGCAUAAUUUUGUCGUCUUCAAUCGUCUAUUUUUAAAUAGAAACUUCUUUAAUUGUAACUAUGAUUUUUUCGAGGUUAUCGGACAUGAUUUCAAUUAAUUUAUAAAUUGUAAUUAUACUACUCUAUAAUUAGUAAAGUAAUUUUUUAUCCCUUACACAUUUUCUUGUAUCAUUAGUAGCAAAAGAAGAUAUUUUAGGUGAAAAUCUUAGGUAAUUAACUUUGUAUAUGGAUAUGGCUAGAUAUUUUAAAUGUACUGUAAAUUGUAAUUGAGAAAACUACUUAUUCUUUUCAAUGUUAGUACGCGAUCGUUUCAUUUCCGUUAAUUGUUUCUACAAGAACAUCAAUAACAUAAAGUUUACCAAUUUUGAAGAAUGUUGUACAUAUGUAAAUAAAAUAAAAAUUUGUUUUUACAACAAUAAUAGCUCGUAACAAAAGUACUUCAGUAAUAUGUUUGAAA